UCAGAAAGAAAAAAAAAAGCAGAAGAAGAAGCAUUUUCUUCUCCUCCUUUAUUAUUUCCCUUUCAUUCUCACACAUCUGUCACCCUUCAGCUUCGCCCGGAUCUCACAACCAAUAACCACACAUUCCAAAUUAUCCUUAAAAACUUCAACCAAAUUUUUCAUUCCCAUAAUUUUCCCGUUUUCUUUCAUUUUUCUCUCCUCGUCACAGGAGAGGAAAACGAAAGAAUUCAACGUUCUAAUCGUAUCAUUAUAAAUAUUGGAAGCGGUUAUAAUAUACAGUUUCUUGAUCAUGGAAGGGAUUACCACGCAGUUAAAACGCGGGAUAUCGCGUCAGUUUUCGACAGGAUCUUUACGGAGCUUGAGCAGGAAGUUUUCGAGGCAGUCUUCGCUUGAUCCGAGGCGGAAUAACUUGAGAUUUAGCUUCGGGAGGCAGUCGUCGUUGGAUCCGAUUCGGAGGAGUCCGGUUGAUGAGCAGUUUACGGUGCCGGAGAAUCUUGACUCGACAAUGCAGUUGCUGUUUAUGGCGUGUAGAGGAGAUGUGAGAGGCGUUGAGGAUUUGUUGAUUGAGGGUAUUGAUGUAAAUAGUAUUGAUUUGGAUGGGAGAACAGGUUUGCAUAUUGCUGCUUGUGAAGGGCAUGUGGGUGUUGUUAAGCUUUUGUUGAGUAGAAAAGCUAAUAUUGAUGCUCGUGAUCGUUGGGGUAGUACGGCAUGUGCAGAUGCUAAGUACUAUGGGAACUCGGAAAUAUACAAUAUAUUGAAGGCUAGAGGAGCCAAAGCUCCGAAAACGAGGAAGACGCCUAUGACUGUUGCGAAUCCUAGAGAAGUACCGGAGUAUGAGCUUAAUCCAUUAGAGCUGCAAAUUAGGAAGUCAGAUGGAAUUUCAAAGGGUACAUAUCAAGUAGCCAAAUGGAAUGGCACCAAGGUUACUGUAAAGAUACUUGAUAAGGAUAGCUACUCGGACCCUGAGAGCAUAAAUGCUUUCAAACACGAGUUAACGUUGUUAGAGAAGGUCAGGCAUCCUAAUGUGGUUCAAUUUGUUGGUGCCGUAACCCAAAAUAUACCCAUGAUGAUUGUUUCAGAGUAUCAUCCAAAAGGUGACUUGGCCAGUUAUCUUCAGAAGAAAGGACGUCUAUCUCCAUCCAAAGUCUUGAGAUUCUCUCUUGAUAUUGCUAGGGGCAUGAACUAUCUUCAUGAAUGCAAACCAGAUCCAAUUAUCCAUUGUGACUUAAAGCCCAAAAAUAUUUUGCUGGAUAGUGGUGGUCAAUUGAAGGUAUCUGGAUUUGGUUUGAUAAGAUUGUCAAAACUUUCAUCUGAUAAGGCUAAACUAGCACCAGGGACUUCUACAGAUCCUUCAAAUAUUUAUGCCGCACCUGAGGUCUUUAAAGAUGAGAUAUUUGACAGAAGCGUGGAUACAUUUUCUUUUGGUGUCAUUUUGUAUGAGAUGAUUGAAGGAAUACUACCUUUUCAUCCCAAGAUUCCUGAAGAAGCUGUGAGAUUGAUGUGUUUAGAGAAAAAGAGACCGACCUUUAAGUCAAAAUCAAGAAGUUAUCUUCCAGAUCUAAAAGAGUUGAUUGACGAAUGUUGGCAUCCAGAACCUGUUGCUCGACCAACCUUUUCCGAGAUCAUUGUACGGUUGGACAAAAUAGUUUGCCACUGUUCAAAACAGGGAUGGUGGAAAGACACUUUUAAGCUUCCUUGGCUUACGCCACACAAACCUAGACAUCUACCUAGCACGGGGAACCACUUUAGAGGGACAUAAUGGUUCCACUUGCAAGAUAAAUGUUCAUGACACUGCCAUGAAAUAAUAAGAAGCAGUCAGUUGAAUAUGAAGCAACAAAGUAGGAUGAAGUUGGGAAGUAGUAGUGUCCAUCUGCUCAACAGAUUUGGAACUUCAUGUAUAAUGUCCUAAGGAGCUGGAACAGUUCCUUUAUGUGCAUAAUGUGCAAAUGUUUUUCUUUUCUUGUUAAAUUUGGUAGUAUAUUUUUGCAUAUAGCUUUGAGAAUUAUCCUCAGACAGAAAGAGAAAAAAGGGGUUUGUACUGUUAUGCUUUUGGGAUACUAUUAAGAAACUUUGGAUUGAAGUGAAAUAAAAAUCAGUUGGGAUCUUCGAGUCUA